AUGCCACGAACAGACGUCUCAUUCAAGACCUUCGAUGGUGUCACGCUGCGAGGCUGGUUCUUCAUCCCUUCUUCCACGCCUGCCUCGACAAAACUCCCCUGCGUCAUCCUGUCACAUGGCCUAUCAUGUAUCAAAGAAAUGGGCCUGGGCGAGGUGGCCGAAAAAUUCGUAUCAGAGUUGCCGGUGACAUGUUUGGUGUACGAUCAUCGAGGAUUCGGGACAUCGGACACCGCACCACAUGCACCCAGGCAAGAAGUCAUCACCUGGCUUCAAGCGAACGAUAUGCGGGACGCAAUCACUUACGUCCAAACAAGGCAAGAGGUCGAUAAAUCCAAGAUUGCGCUUUGGGGUUAUUCAUUGUCAGCGGGGGAAGCGAUGUAUGUGACUGCCAUUGAUCGACGGGUGAAGGCGAUCAUUGCGCUGGGUCCAGCGUUGGACGGAAGAGAGAUCGUGAAAAGGCUAGCGCCGCCUCACGCCAUAAAUGCAAUGCAAAGCUUGUUUGAGAUAGACAGGCUCGCCAGGGCCGAGGGAAAACCUCCUAUCACUGUCCCUGUGGUUGCAAGUGAGCUUGGUGCCCAGCCCGCGCUGCCCAGCCCAGAAUCGUUCGCUUUCUUCUCGCAGUGGGAGAAGAACGGGUCCGCGUGGAAGAACGAGCUAACACUGAGAAGUCUGGAUGAUAUCUCGACGUACUCGCUUCCAAUGUCACACUUGAUGGAUGUGACUCCGACACCCAUCUUCUAUGGCGUGGCCACUAGAGAUACCAAUGGCCCUCCGGAUAUGGUGUUGAGACAGUACGAAAAGCUGAGUGAACCGAAGGAGUUGACCAUUGUAGAUGCAGACCAUUAUGAACUGAUGGGCCCCGCAAGGGAAAUCUUGCAUCCUAAGGAGGUCGCAUUUUUGAAGAAGACAUUGUGUUCAUAA